AAUCAAAUAUUUUAAUAAUUAUGACGACGAUCAAUUGAUUUUGACUUCCAACUAUUACCAAUAACACCUGAACACCUUAAUGGUUUAACUUAUAAAGAAAAACAAAACACGACUUCAAGAAAACAGAAAAUAAAAGAAGAUUAAAAAUGAAUAAAUUAAAAACGUUCAAAUCAAAAACGACUAGCCCUGAAACAGGUCUCUUCAGUAAAUUAACAAAACGUUAUACAAAUGCUGUAUCAGCAAAACUUCGUAAAUCAACAUCACCACCAUCAUCAACAUUUCGUAGUCGAUCACCACAAAAACAUAUUAUCUGUGGUAGCUAUGAUAUGAAUGGACAACAUUCUGAUGAUCAUCGUAUUGAAAUUGGUGCACCAAUUUUAAUAUCAAAAACAAAUUUUGAUAUUGAUAAUUUAGAUAAUUAUGGUAAACAUAAAAGAGUUUCAUCAACAGCAGCAUCAUCAAAUGAAAGUGAAAAUGAUGUAUUCGCUGAUGCAAUAAGUACAUUUCCACCAAAUGUUCAAGAUAUUAAAUUUGAAUUUUUAUCAGCUAAAGAUAAAGAAAGUUCACCAGAAUCAAAUUAUACAAAUGAAAUAUCAAAAAGUAGUAUGAAUUCAUGUAAUAUGGAAUUAAAUUAUUCAACAACAAAAAAUAUUAAAUUAAGAAAACAAUCAAUUAAUUCAAUAAAUAAUGAUAAAAUGAAUAAUGAAACAUCAAAAAAUAAUAAAAAUCGUUCAAAAUCUGUACAAAAUUUACAUAAAUCUGAAAUACGUUUAAUAUUAGAUAAAGCACCAUCAAAUCUAGAUUUUACAACAGCUGAUUUAGAAAAUUGUUUUGAUUUACCAAUACGACGUGAUUCAAUGACAACUGAAAAUAAUUCAAUAAAUACAAAUAGUAGUGGUAAUAAUAAUGAUUUAGAUGAAUUUGUAUCACCACCAAGUUCACCAAUAAAUAGUAGUAGUAUAUCACCAUUAACAAGUAGUAGUUCACCAACAAAAUGUAAUUCAUCUAUAAUAAGUAGUGAAUUAAAUGAUUCACCAACAAUUAGUUCAAAAUCAAUAGUACUUGUUAGGCCACCAUUUGAUACAAAUUCAUUUAUAACAAUACAAAAAUCAAUAAUACCAACAACAACAGUAACAACAAUAUUGUCACAACAACAACAACAAUCACAAUUAAAAGAUUCAAAAACAACUACAACAACAGCAACAUCAACAAUAUUAUCAACAACAACAAAUUCUUCAAUUGAUUCAUAUUAUAGUAAUACUGAUUCAUAUUAUAAAUCACCAACAGAAUUAAAACCAAUUUCAAAUAUAAAUAUAUCACCAUAUACACCAACAACAACAACAACAACUGGAAUUGGUAAAACAAUUAAAUCAAAAUCACCACAACCACCACCACCAUUACCACCUGUUGAUAUUGAUAUUGAUGAUAGUAUUGAACAAAAUAAUCAAAUUUAUAUUGGAAAUAAUUAUCAUAAUUAUAAUGUUGAUAAUGAUGAUGAUAUUGAUAAUGAUGGUGAUGAUAUUAUUAUAACAAAUGUUAAUCGAUCAUAUGAUAUAAUUAAUACUGAUAAUAUUGCUGAUACAUCAAUAAUAUCAUCAUCAUCAAUACAACAAAAUUAUUUAAAUAAAAAAUUUAGCCAUAGUGAACCGAAUACACCAAUGAAUCCCGAAAAGACUGAUUUUACAAUUUAUCAUUUCAAGAGUGUUGAAUCUUUACAGAAGAAACCAAAAAAAGAUAAAAAAUCAAAAAAUAAAUUUUAUUAUAAUAACAGUAAUAAUAGCAAUAACAGUAAUAAUAGUAAUAACAGUAAUUCAAAUUCUAUUACAAAUAUUAAUAAAAAUGGCAUCAAAUAUAAUUGUAGUAGUCAAAAUAAUUUAGAUUUUAUUGAUGAUUCAUUUGAUGAUUUCGAUUUAAAAUCAGUCAGUUUACAAAGUUUAAAUGCUAAAAAUUUAUUUUUAUCAAUUGAAGAAUUAAAUGAAAUUACAAAAGAAAUAAAUGAAUCCGAAGAAUUUAAUAAUGAAAUUGAUUUAGAAUAUUGUGAACAUCGUGAUAAUUUAAAACCAAGUGAAAGACGUAUAACAUUAUUAAAAAAUAAAAAUUCACGUUUAAUUAAUUUACAUCGUAAUAAAGAGAAAUUAAAUAAUGCAUGGAGUGGUUUAAAACAAUGGAUUGGUGAAGAGAAAGGUAAAUUUAAAGAAGUUGUACAAAAACAUGCAGCAAUGCAACGUGUCGGUGCUAAUGCAAAAGAUAUGAAAUUAACAAAUUCAUCACAAUAUAUAAAUAGUCAUAGUUCUAGAAGUACAUCAAUUGAUAAAAAUCAUACUGGAACAACAACAUCAGCAAGUUAUACAUCAUCAAUGAUGUCAAUUAAUGCAACUGAAUCAACAAUACCAACAGUAAUUGGUGAAGAUAUAACAGAUGCUAUGGGUGAAGAUUCAGAAUCUGUUUUUACAUUAAAUGGUGGUAAAGGUGGUGAUAAUAGUGGUGCUGGUGCUAAUAGUGGUAUUGAUAAUAUUAGUGGAAAUAGAAAUAUUAAUGGAAUGGAAAAACAAUCAAUUAAUACUUUAGCAUCAAGGAAAAUAUUUAAAAAUAAAGAAACAUGGGAGGGACAAAAUGGGUUUGAAGAACUUCGAAGGUAUAUCAAACAAGGUGGAGAUUUCGGCAAAGAUUUGGUUAAUAUUUUACAAGAAAGGAUUGAUGCCGAACAAAUUUAUUCAAAAUCAUUAUCAAAAAUGGCUAAUAAAUUAAAUAAAGCAUGUCGAGAUGUUCCGGGUACAAUUGUUGAUGCAUGGCGUGGUGUUGCUACUGAAAUGGAAUCACGUAGUGAAGUUCAUCGUCAAUUAUCAGUAUCAUUAAAUGAAGAAAUUUGUAAACCAUUAAAAUCAUUAUUAGAAGCACAUCAUAAAACACGUAAAACAGUUGAAACAAAUGUUGAUAAAGCAUCAAGAAUAUUAAAUGAAUGGCGUAUAAGUGAAGCAAAAGCUAAAAAAAUAUCACAUACAGCUGCACGUGAAAAUGAAAAAUUACAAGAUGCAAUGUUAGAUGUACGAAUACAAAAAUCACCAUCAAUUGCAUUAUUACAUCAACAAAAUUCAAAAGAUAAAAAUGUUAGUGAAAAAGAAAUUAAAAGUGCUGAAAAAGAUUGCGCUAAAUUAGAUAAUAAACGUCGUAAAGCUGAAGAAGCUGUUAAACGUGCUGAUGUUGAAUAUUAUACAUUAUGUAUAAGAGCAGAACGUGCACGUGUCGAUUGGGAAAUGUCUGUAUUACGUGGUUCAACUGUAUUACAAAAUUUAGAAAUGCAAAGGUUAUCAUCAAUGAAACAAUUUAUAACAAAUUAUUCAAAAUUAACAUCAGAUAUAAAUCCAAUAUUAGAACAAUUAUGUCAAAGAAUAUCACCACAAAUAGAAGCAUGUAAUGUACAAAAAGAUUUAGUUGUUAUAAAAAAUAUUCGUAGAGCUGCAGAAGGACCAAGUGAACAAUUAUUACCAGAUUUUUAUUGUGAACAUACAACAUUGGCAAUGAAUCGUGAAAGACGAAAGCAUUCUUUAAUAAAAUUAUUACAGCUAGUCAAAACAGAUUUGGAUCGUGAAAGAAGAUCAAGAAAUGGUUUAAAAGGAUUAUCACAGACGAUGAUUAAUCAAGAUAAUCAGAAUAUAACAGAUAAAUUGUAUCAUAUAAGAUCAAUGUUGACAUAUCUCGAAGGAUCAAGAUUUAAAUUACAAUCAGCUCUAUUAGAAUUGGAUCACAAGCCACGUUCAACACAUCCUUUAGCACCACAUAUUCAGAUAACCCGUGAUCGAACUGGAUUACAACAGAGCAUAUUAAAAGUACCAUUAUGGUUAAAAAAUGAUGAUAAAAUUUCAUCAUCAAAUAAUGAAGAUGAAACAAAUAAUAUAUUAAAUGAUAGUAAUGGUAGCAGAGAUGAUAGUAUUGAAACAUCAAGUAAUCAUCAUCAUAAUCAUCAUCUUAAUACAAAUAAUCAUGAAAUAACAAAUUGUAUUGAUAUUAAAAAUGAUAUGUUAGUUAAAAAUUUUAAUCGUAGUAAAAGUACUACCGAUAUAUUAUUAAAUGGAACAAAUCAUCAUUUAAAUGAUACAAUAAAUAUUAAAAAUAAUACAAUAAAUAUUAAUCAUCAUGAUACAUCAUAUAAUAAUCAUCAUCAUCAUCAUGAUUUAGAUAGUCCAAAUUUUGAUCGUGGUAUUGCUGAUGGUGGUUCAAAUCAACCAGAUUCUGAUUUUGAUGAAUUUAGUUCACAAGAUGAUGAUGAUGAACAAAGACGUUCAACAGAUAAAUUAAAUGGUAUUGAUAUUAUAGGAAAUGAUUAUGAUCAUAUAACAAAUCUUAAUAAAAAUUCUAAUAAUAGUAAUAAUAAUAUAAAUAAUAAUAGUAAUAAAACAACAAAGACGAUAGUAUUAAGUAGAUGUAAGGCUCUGUACAGCUAUACACCAAAAUUAUAUGAUGAACUUGAAUUAACACCUGGAGAUAUUAUUGAAGUUCAUGUUAAACAAGAUGAUGGUUGGUGGUUAGGUGCAUUAGGUGAUCAAAUUGGUAUAUUUCCAGCAACAUAUGUUGAAGAGUUUGUCUAAAAAUAUAAAAAAAAAACAAAGGAAUAACUGAAAAUUAAUACAACUGAGACAAAUAAUUAAAAUUAAAAAUGAGUAAUAAAUAAUAUUAUUGCAGAAAUAUUAAAAAAUAAAUUGUUAUAAAUUAUAUAAAAUCUGGUUAGUUUAUAAUAUUUCUAAUUUCUAAGGCUAUCCCAAUUAAUCAUAAUAUUUGAUUCUUUUGUAUAGUUUUAAAAAAAAAAAUAAUUUUAAUUUAAUUAACAAUUAUUUUGUUUUCGUUAGUUUUUUUUUUUGUCUGUAAAACAAGUUAAUUUUUAUAUGAUCGUAAAAAAACAGUUAUAUAAUAAUUCUCAAAAUUUAUAAUAAAAAAUUUGUGUAGUCCCGAUGAUUUUAUAUAAGAAAUAAUUUAAUUUUGCGUUUUUCAUGGAAAAUGGGCUAGCUAAAAUUUUUUUUAUUAAUAUUUUACAAAAAAAAACAAGAAAAGUUAAAUGCUCUUUUGAGUUUAUUUUACUUAAUAUCGAAUAUUAAAUAUUAAUAUACUUACGGUAAUAUAUAAAAAUUCAUUACGUUUUUUUUAAGGAAUAAAUUAGUAAUAAUAAGUCUUCCACCCUUUAUAAAUCUUUUAUUUUCUGUUUUUAAAAAAAAAUUGUAUUCUAAAAGUAAGAGGUUUUAAAAUUUUAAUUUUUAUAUAAAAUAUGUAAACGAAAUUAUUUUGUAAAUUCUAUGAGUGAAAUUUUAUUAUUAACUUACCAAAAUAAUAUUUUUGUUUCGUAAAUUCCAAAAUUAUUGAAAAAUGGCAAAAAAUUUUCAUUAUUUUAAUUGAUUUUCCUUUUUUGUUUAAUUUAAUCCAAUUUCAUCAAUAACUUCUAUUCAAUUCUAGCUUUUUAAAUAAUAUUUUUAUAGCAAUUCUCUAAAAAUCCAAACAAUUAUUUAUUAUCAGUUAAAUUUUUGGUAUAAUUUUUACUCCGCUGCAACUUAUUCGAUUGAAUGCUAAAAUCAAACUGUGCUUAUUCUCAUUUCUCAUAAAAUAAUCAAAUAAAAAAUACUCAUUCAUUAAUCACCAUAAUUGAAAUAAAUUUCCCAGUACGCCUUUGUAUUGUUUACAUACGAAUUUUGUGAAUUUUCUGAAUUCCGCUCAAAUUAAUUACGCUCUUCUUAAAUUUAAACCGGUAAAAGCAAUAUUUUAGAAUGAGGAGAAUAUUAAGAAAACGAGAGAUAGGAAGUAUUCUCUUUAAUUCCAAAUGAGUGCAUUAGUUUUUAUUUGAGCAUUUUAAUUAAAAUCUGAUUUUGAAACAAGAAAUGUUACCACAUACACAUUAAAUAUAAUUUUGGUCAGAAAAUAAUAAAAACGCAAUAAUGUAAUUGUUAAAAUAUUUACAAAAUAAUUAUAAUAAAAUUAAAAUCACUGUAGGUUUUGUCUAAUACUGUCUUAAUUUCUCUUUAUUAUUUAUUUUUAAAAUGUAUUUGAUUUUUGUUUUUGGUAAAUCUCUAAUUUAACAAAAAAGUUAACAAAUAAAAAAAUAAUAUAUUUAAAAGUUAUUAGAAAUAAAUUUGGCUUUAAAAAACAAAAAGAAGUUGUAAACUUUU